GCAUAGGAUCGGGUGGCAUUGGCUCGCAGAUAUCCAAUGCCUAAAGACGCGUCAAAAUUCGAUAAUUGCAAGGAUCGACGUCACAUAGAACUAAUAAACUAACUACCUACCUACUAUGUACUACAAGAUGGCCGUUCCGAGAUUGCGGGCUGAAUGGGCCAAGUUCUAUCUGACAAGUCAAAGACCGGUCUAGCUCACAGGUUAAGCCUCAGUAUUCCCAUCGAAGUAGCCAAGCAGCCAAGUACCUCGAUUCAAAGGACAUCCCUCAUAGUUAAGUGGGCCCACCCCCUAGAUGUUGUCUUACACCUUUUUCACUACAUGGCUACAUGGCAUCAUGGCCUGUUCUAGCGUCUAUCUCCCGGUACCUCCCAAUCGUCGAUGUAUAUAAUACUCUUGUCGAUCGAUCAAGCCAUAAUAGGUCUGUUAAUAUCGUUAUCCGUAGCUUUCCUUCCACCCGCGGACAAUCUCAUAUACCCUUUCUACUUCUUGUAAACCUUUCUCAAGUCCUUCGUUGCUGCCAUAGCCAUCUAUUGUCUGCCUACCCUUUUUCCUUUCAUCAUGUCUAAGGUCUCCGCGACGCCGGUUUUGGCGGUCACGGCAGCCGCGUCUUUCUUAUACGCCCGCCAUGCUGAGCUACCUGUUGGUCUUACUGUUGGUGUAGCACUCGCCGUAGUGUUUCCCUUAUAUGUCGUCCUUUGGCUCAGUUGGAUAUUCCCUUUCUACGUGUCCGAGUUGAGGCAUGUCCCAACUGUACCAGGCUUUCCUCUCUGGGGUCAGUUCGUCGAAGUCAUCUCAGAGGAAUGCGGUGUGCCUCAACGAAGAUGGCACAAAGAACAUGGUCUCAUAAUCAGAUACUUCUUUCCCUUCGGUGCUGAGCGCCUCUCCAUCGCCGAUGAUGAAGCUCUUAAGCAGAUGACAGUUAAGAACCCGUACAACUACCCCAAACCAGUUCGUGCUAAGCUAUGGAUGGUUCGAAUCCUGGGCGAAGGUGUUCUACUCGCCGAGGGUCAGGAGCAUGUACAUCAGCGCAAAUCACUCGCCCCUGGUUUCUCAAUUCAGGCCAUCCGCGCACUCACCCCUAUCUUCUGGGAGAAAUCCCUCCUCCUCGCUAAAUGUUGGCGAGAUGAGAUGACUGCCGACAACGUUACAACUAAAUCCUUCGAGGCACUCGAGUGGCUCAAUAGAACAACCCUCGACAUCAUUGGCAGCGCUGGGUUCGGGUACGAUAUUAAUUCCCUCGAGAACCCAGAAACCCCAAUCCGCGAGGCUUACCGGCUAGUCUUCGCCUUUGACAUAGCAUCUCGCAUAAUGCACGGCAUCCAAGCCUUCAUCCCUGCAUCCAAAUACAUCCCAUCCAAGAUGAACAGGGAUAUGCAGACAUCCCGUAACAUCAUCCUUGACAAGGCCACUGAAAUCGUGACCGAAAAGCAAGAGCAAGCAGAGAACAACACAGGCGGCAAAGACAUCAUCGCCCUCAUUGCCCGCGACAACAAAAAGCUCAAAGCAAUGGGCGAACCAGGCCUCUCAUUCGAAACCAUCCGUGACCAAAUCAUGACCUUCCUCGGCGCCGGCCACGACACCACAGCCACCGGCGUAGCCUGGACCAUCCACCUUCUCUCCACCCACCCAGAGAUCCAAUCGCGUCUACGCGAGGAAAUCAAAGACUACAUGCCCUUCCUCUUCGACAAGUCCAGCCGCUUCGACCGCACCUCCAUCGCCUCCGCAGACGCCGACCAACUCCCCUACCUCGACAACGUCUGCCGCGAAUCCCUACGGUACAUCCCGCCCAUCCCCAUGACCGUCCGGCAAUCCAUCUCCCCCGAUCGCCUAGGUCCCUACCACAUCCCCGCCGGCACCGUCAUCUAUGUGCUCGCCAACGCCAUCAACCGGCUGCCGAACUACUGGGGCCCCACCGCCGACACCUUCGACCCGGACCGGUGGGACGCGCUGCCGAAAACGGCGACGCCGAACGCGUUCAUGACGUUUCUGCAGGGCCCGAGAGGGUGUGUGGGCCGCAAGUUCGCGGAGACGGAGAUGAAGGUUUUGUUGUGCUGUUUGCUGAGUAUGUAUGAGUUUAAGCGCGACUUCGACACCCCUGAUCCCGAGGAGUGGAAGAUGUGGCGCCUCGUGCUGAGGCCGAAGGAGGGGGUUACGGUUAGGGUUACUGCUAUUUAGGAUUGUACCUGAUUAUUUAGGUAGGGUUUGCUUGGCCUGUGAGGGUUGGCUUGGCGUGGACAUGGGGGUUUGGGGGUUGGGGUUGGAGGGGG